UCCUGGAGAAAUGGGACGACCAGGAGUGACUGGUGAACCUGGACUCCCAGGCCCACCUGGAUUACCUUUCUUGUAUCUUUGGAGAAAUACAAAGGAGGAUUGGCAGCUCUUUACCCAUUCUUCAUUUUAUCAGCUUCUACGAGCAGGAUGGCCUACACAGCCAGGAGCCCCAGGCCCAGCUGGUUAUCCAGGAAAACCAGGUCCACCUGGUCUGACUGGGAUUCCUGGAGAUCCAGGCGUUGAUGGCAGGUGGGGGUACUUUGGAGAGCCAGGACCCCAAGGAUUUCCUGGACGUCCAGGAUUAUCAGGAUCAGAUGGAUUACCAGGAAUUGAUGGAAAACCAGGGCCACCAGGGUUACCUGGACAGCAGGGCCCUCAAGGAUUUAAAGGUGAUGAGGGAUCAGCUGGAGAAAUGGGAGAUGAGGGACUAAGUGGAAACCCUGGACCACCAGGAGAACAAGGUGAAAAAGGAACAAAGGGAGCAAAAGGCAGUGUUGGUCCACCUGGUCCAUUUGGGAUGACUGGCCCUAAGGGACUUAAAGGUGCACCUGGACUGCAGGGUCCCCUUGGAGCCCCGGUGAGUAGCAUUUUGUUGCAGUACACUUUGUUGACCUGCAUUGAUCUUGGUAAAUAUCUUUGA